AUGCCGUCCGCCACAUCAGAUCCAGCGGGCUUCCGUGAUCGAGCAAUCGAUCGGAUCGGGCGAUCAUAUCAACGAGUAUCGGAGACGUUUGGAAAGAUGACGAUAUUGCAGAAGAUAGGCUCGGUUUUUGCCGGACUGGGUGUGAUCGCCCUUGGACUAGGCUUCAUGGCUGUUACGGGGCAGAUAUUCGCAUGGUUGGGACCUGUUGCCAAAGACUGGGAGAAUGCGCCGCUUGCAUACUUUAUAUUAUGGAUUUGUACAUUUUUGAUGUCCUUUCCUCCGAUGGUUGGAUGGUCGACAGUUGGGACGGUGUCUGGUUUCAUCUUCGGUGUCUGGAAGGGGUACGUUUAUUCCGCGAUAUACUGGAAGUUCCUUAUUGAUUUUCUCUCUAGAUGGGCAAUAUAUGCAUCCGCUACCGUUAUUGGGUCUACAUGCUCCUUUUAUGUCUCACGUACCCUUCUAUCCAAGUUUGUCCAAAGGCUCAUGAAGCACGACAAACGGUUCGCUGCGCUGUCAUUGACCCUUAAAUACGACGGGUUAAAGCUUUUAUGCAUGAUCAGAUUAUGUCCGUUACCAUAUUCACUAUGUAACGGUGCGGUUUCGACUUUUCCAACCGUUCGUCCGCUCAUGUAUGGGCUUGCAACGGCAAUAAUCUCCCCGAAGUUUCUUGUUCCAACAUUUAUUGGAAGUAGACUGAGAAUCCUGUCAGAGGACGGGGGAGAGAUGAGUGCCGGCUCCAAGGCAGUCAACAUCAUUAGCAUCCUCGUAAGUGUGGCAGCAGGAGUUUUUACAGGGUGGUACAUUUACAAACGCACCCUUGCCCGCGCAAAACAACUGGAGGCUGAGGAGCGUGCUAACAUUCGUGGUCCAACAUCCAAUAACCGGCCAACCACGGGCUCGCCAGAUGGGUUUGUCGAUGAUCCCAACGCUACCUCGGCGUCGAAUAUCCGUGUAAGGGAUGAGGAAGAGGCAGUUGGCUUUGACGAUGAUGUAGCCCUCGAUAUUGAUGACGAUCAUGUCGUCCUCGACCCCGGUUAUCAUGAUUUUACGGAUAACGAGUCUGAUAUCUUUGCUGACGGUGAUGGAGACGAUAAAGAUGAGACAUAUAAGCUACAUCGGCAUGUGGACUCGAGAUAG